GCUUUUGCCACUUUUCUCUGUACACUCCUACUUUUCUUCUCGGAAAUAAAGACAGCCGGUGGUUGCCAGUUGGCAGAAACUUGCCAACCAGCAAGAGUUGGAACCAAUGACAGUGCAAGGCGUCUUGAGUGACGGCGGUGAUGGCUUAUUAAAAUGAGGACUCUGUGUCAAGAGGCGGGAGUAGGUGUGUUUCUUGUGUUUCUAGGCCAUUGGAGUAUAGGUCAGUUUGGGACCCCAGGUAGUGACUCAGCUUGUUUCCGAAAUGAAGCCGAGAAACCGCAAGGAUUACCCUCUUGUCCAAGUGUUGCUUUUCAGGAAAGGUAAAGGACAUCUCUCCAAAUCUCACAGGCCCUAAAUUAAUGAAAUUUAGAAUCAAGAUUAUAACUACUCAGGCUUGCAGAUGGGUCAGGGGCUGUGGAGAGUGGCCAGAAACCAGCAGCUACAGCAGGAAGGCUAUAGUGAGCAAGGCUACCUCAGCAGAGAGCAGAGCAGGAGGAUGGCUGCCAGCGUCAUUCCUAACACCAGUCAUCGUAAACAGGUUCCCGGAGGCAUUGAUAUAUAUCAUCUUUUGAAGGCAAGGAAAUCUAAAGAACAGGAAGGAUUCAUUAAUUUGGAAAUGUUGCCCCCCGAGCUAAGCUUUACCAUCUUGUCCUACCUGAAUGCAACUGACCUCUGCUUGGCUUCAUGUGUUUGGCAGGACCUCGCGAAUGAUGAGCUUCUCUGGCAAGGGUUGUGUAAAUCCACUUGGGGUCACUGUUCCAUAUAUAAUAAGAACCUACCUCUAGGAUUUUCUUUUAGAAAAUUGUAUAUGCAGCUGGAUGAAGGCAGCCUCACCUUUAAUGCCAAUCCAGAUGAGGGAGUGAACUACUUUAUGUCCAAGGGUAUCCUAGAUGAUUCACCAAAGGAAAUAGCAAAGUUCAUCUUCUGUACAAGAACACUAAAUUGGAAAAAACUGAGAAUCUAUCUUGAUGAAAGGAGAGAUGUCUUGGAUGACCUUGUAACAUUACAUAAUUUUAGAAAUCAAUUCUUGCCCAAUGCACUGAGAGAAUUUUUUCGUCAUAUCCAUGCGCCUGAAGAGCGUGGGGAGUAUCUUGAAACUCUUAUAACAAAGUUCUCACAUAGAUUCUGUGCUUGUAACCCUGAUUUAAUGCGAGAACUUGGCCUUAGUCCUGAUGCUGUCUAUGUACUGUGCUACUCUUUGAUUCUACUUUCCAUUGACCUCACUAGCCCUCAUGUGAAGAAUAAAAUGUCAAAAAGAGAAUUUAUUCGAAAUACCCGUCGUGCUGCUCAAAACAUUAGUGAAGAUUUUGUAGGGCACCUUUAUGACAACAUCUACCUUAUUGGCCAUGUGGCUGCAUAAAAGCACAAUUGCUAGGACUUUAACUUUUCAGUUCAGACUAAAGCUACCCAAGGACUUAUUUAGCAAAUAUGGGGGUUACAUUAGUGCUGGUCAUUCUGGCCUCUGUAUACAAUCAAGCUUGAGUGUACAACCUUGUUUUUCCUUUUACUGUUUUCUUUUUUAGUAAUUUCCUUGGGGAACUAAAGAAUUUUGCAGAAGUUUUCUCAAUUUUGCUUAUCAUGUUUUGCACAAAGCAGAGCCAUUGUCUGACACAGCUGUUUAAGAAUGUUAAACUGACAUUAUACUCUAAAAGAUGGUAUAUUUGUGCAUUAGAUUUGCCUGAAAAACUUUAUUCAUUUCCAUUCUUUUUUAAAAUACCAUGUAAUGUGUACAUAUUUAACUAAAGAAAUUUAUAAUCAUAAUUAUUUUAUUGUAAAGAUUUUAACUAAAGCCUUUCCUUUUUCUCUCAAA